CAAAAUAAAGAUAAAAGGCUAAAGCCUUAAACCCUAAGCCCUACCUCUGCUGCUGCUUUCCUCUUCCAGCCCCAACUAGAUGCUUCCUUUUCACUCUUCGUUUCCUCAGCUUCCCAACCAAACCCAAACCCCUUCUUCCUCUGCUCCAAAUCGUCAACAGAAUUCCAUGCCAAUUCAACCUCAUUUUGGUGGAGGCAAUCCUCAAUUUCCGAUUCCUUUCAGUAAUUCUGGCAACUUCUUGAGCAAUGGCCAUGGAGUUCCCAUGACCAAUGUCCCGCCAUCAAUGGUAACUCAACCUGGUUUCAUGAAUGCUCAGAACCAUCUUCUUCCCUUGCAAAAUAGUAAUCUGGGUAUGCCUUAUUUAGCUUCUUCAGGUCCUAUUCCUCAAAUGGGUCAACCCCAUGUGGGAUUUGGUUCACAGGGUAGUGUAAACAAUAUGAACUCGGUUGGAUCGUUUCCGUUUCGUGGGCAAGUAUGCAAUUUGGCACAGCAAGGCAAUCCAUCUCCAUCUCCUGGGCAAGCAUUUGGGAAUAAUUUAUUGAAUUUACCACAACAGCUCAAUCAGAGUAUGGGUUUGCCGUUUGCGCAAUUAUGUAUGCCGAAUCAGUUUCAGAAUAUUAACCAGUUUUUGCCCAUGCAAAUGUCUAAUCCUUCUCAGUUUGUUCCUCGUAAUAAUGCAUUUGGGUUUCUGAAUCAAGCUUCUCAGGCUACGGUUCCUCAUAAUCCCACCUUUUUAGCAAAUUCACAGUUUGGUAAUGUGCAGUCCAAUCAAGUUGGACAGCAAGAUAACCAGAAUCAGCAUAACUUGCAUCCACCUACGGUGGAUGUGAAUGCGUGGAGACCAUCACAGGUUGGAACUCAGCAAUGGCAAGGGAACUCAUCUACACCGAAUAUACCAAGUUCUAUUCAACCAGAUAAAACUGAUAACUUGCAACCUUCUGCAGUGAAGGGGUCACAGGGAAAUCCUACAAAACUUAAUGGACAUAAUAAUUCAAAUUCCAACUGGAGAAAUCCCCAGGGCAAAAAUUUUACAAGGAAUCCAAAAAGAGGGGUGCAGCGAGGAGGAUUCCAGAAUUCUCAGUUUCAUCAUAUGAAAAAUGGAAAGAAAAAGUUUGGUUUUCCUAACGGACAGAAGGGAAAAGGGCUAAGAAAUGAGAUGGCAGGAAAGGCUGGUAUUGCCAACUCUUCCAACCAAGGCAGGGAACAGAGAAGAUCUCUUUCUUUGUUGUACUCGGAAGAAGAAAUUAAACAGUGGCGUGAAGAGCGCAGGAAACACUACCCAUCAAAAGCCAACCUAGACAAGAAGCUAGCUGCAAAGAUGAUAGGCACAGAAGUCAUUGAGAGAGAGGCACAAAUACGACGAGAGCAACUCAAGGAGAUUCUAGCUAAGCAGGCAGAACUGGGAGUUGAAGUUGCAGAAAUACCAUCUCACUAUCUCUCAGAUUCAAAAAAACAAGGGCAUGGAAGAGAAGAGAGUAGAGGACCAAUGACAAGGAAUGAAAGAUUGCAAAACAAGUUUGAUAAAAGAGGAAGAUAUGAUAAAAAAGACCGGUUUGGAAAGAAGCGAAGAUUACAUAAUGAUGGUUCAUCUGAUGUUCCUUCUUUGAGUCGGAGGAAACCAACACUUUUGCAGAAGCUUCUUGAUACAGAUGUAAGGAGAGAUAAAAGCCGCUUGCUGCAGGUUUUUAGGUUCAUGUCGUUGAAUUCUUUCUUCAAAGAUUGGCCUGGAAAACCUUUGGACUUUCCUUCUGUAAUAGUCAAAGAAUCUGGGUGUGGGGAUAAUGUGGUUGAAGCAACGUCUCCACAUGCAGGAAAGGAUGUCGCUCAAGUUAGUGUUAAUACCAUGGUUGAAAAAGUUGAUGAUAAUGACAAUGACGAUGAUGACGAAUAUGAAGAUGGAGAUAACAGCACUGAUGAGAAUGAAAAUGACGAAGAUAUACAGGAAGAGGGCGAAAUUAUCAACUAGAUUCUCUCUCUCAUAACAUUGUAAUAUAUACUUUACUCUCUCUCUCGUAACAUUGUAAUAUAUACCGUCUUUUCUUGGUAAUUAUGAGAAAGUUGUCAACAGUUUUGAAUUGGAA